AUAUUAUAGUUUUUUUUCUAUUAUCGGUACCUACGUUUUGUCAAGUUUUUGUGAAAUUAAAAUAGUGACUUGCAAAAAAACACUGAAAACUGGUAUACAAUGGCACGGAAAGGAGACGAAUCACAUAAAUAGAGACGGAUCUCUGGGCAAUCUUACUGUCUCUUAAGGAAUGGUAACCAAUGAGAUUUCGUUUCAAGGUUAUAAAAUAUUAAUUGAAUUGAACAAAUUUUGAACUCGGAGGUAUAACACGUCUGAAAUUGUAAUAUACAAUACGAAUAAACCACAAAGUAAUUUUAGAACCUUAGUUAAUCAGUGUACUUGUAAUAAUUUUAACAUAUUUUAAACAAGCAUAGCUACCACCACAGCCAAAUACUUGGCUUCUAUUGAUUGCAUGUAGUAACGUAAAUGGUAGAGCUCAGCAUUGCCGAACUAAUCUGUACGGGUCUGUGUGCUGAAUAUGCAAUUGUUCAUAAUUUGUUCCGUGAGAUCCGUCUCCAUUUACAUUAUCCGGCUCCGCUUUCCUGUCAUUGUAGUACAGGCCUCCUUUAUGUCAUAUCAUGAAAAAUAUUUGUAAGAAUCACAAACUAGCUAAGUCAAUGAAGUAGCUAUGAAAGAGUUUUUCUUGGACAUGAAAAUGGUACCUACUUUUCUCAGGUUCGACAGAGCAGUCAUCUGCUGUCGGGUUCGUUGGCCUGGGUAACAUGGGCUCACCGAUGGCAGCCAAUCUGCUCAACAAGGGCCACCAACUGGCUGUGUAUGACGUGGUACCCGAGGCAGCGGCGCGACUGGCAGCGGCAGGGGCCGAGGCGUGCGCGGGAGCUGGUGAGGUAGCAGCACGAUCGGGCCGUGUCAUCACCAUGCUGCCCUCCGAUGCCAGCGUGCUGCACACCUACCUCGCAGAGGGAGGCAUCCUCCAGAGUGUGAAGCAAGGCACGCUUCUGGUGGACUGCAGUACCGUGGACGCCAGCACGGCGAAGACUGUGUCUGCCGCGGCCGCGGACAAGGGCGCUGUCUUCUAUGAUGCCCCUGUUUCUGGAGGGGUAGGGGCGGCCACCUCGGGCCAGCUCACCUUCAUCGUGGGCGGCAGCAGCACUCACUUCCCGGCCGUGAGGCAGCUGCUGGGGCCCAUGGGCUCGAAGGUGCUGCUGUGCGGGCCGGUCGGGAGCGGCCAGGCCGCCAAGAUGUGCAACAACAUGCUUCUGGCCGUCAGCAUGCUGGGCACGGCAGAGGCCAUGAACCUAGGCAUCAGGCUGGGGCUGGAGCCAAAGGUGCUGAUGGACGUCAUUAACUCGUGCUCUGGUCGUUGCUGGUCAUCUGAGGUCUAUAACCCUGUGCCAGGGACCUUGCCCAAUGUACCCAGUGCCAAUCACUACAAGGGGGGAUUUACUACAAGGCUUAUGGCAAAGGAUCUGAGCAUCGCGCAGAAUGCAGCUACCAGUUGCCACGCUCCCAUCUCGCUUGGUGCGCUCGCUCACCAGAUAUACCGCAUCAUGGUCACCAAUGGGUUUGGUGACAAAGACUUUUCAUCCGUAUUCGAACUGCUUUCCGAGAAAAAAAAGUUUAUGUGACAAACUACUAAGAAUAUUUGUAAAUACUUAUAUUUUUAAAUUACUUAAUUCAGUGAAACGAAUGUGCGUUUUUAAAAUUAUAUUUUCUGAUACGUUGAGCUUCACAUAUUGAAGGAACCAUGUUGGCUAAGUUGCUGAAUCAUUUUCAUUUGAAUUGAAUUUUGAAUAGACCAUUUCAAUUUUCACUAAUGUCAAAUAUUUUUCUAAUUUAUUUCUAUGAUACAGUGAAUUUAAUUUUCUCACUGCACAUGAGUCCAAGAAAAAUAGAUACAAAUUCAGUAAAAUAAAAAUAGAGGAAUACAUAUACUUGGACCAUAAUGAAGAGAUGUAAAAUAAAAGAAAUUAAAAAAAAAACAUAGCAAUACAUUUUUCUAAACCAGUAAGUUUUAAGUUGGAAAGUGGUAUAGUUGAUCUGAUUAUAUGCAUUAAAUAGAGUAUGUAUUAUUAAUAAUUUUCAAUCAUAUUAACUUAUUACUUGUUAAAUAUAAAAACUUGUAAAUAAUGUUGUAGAAAACAAAUCUAAAUUUUUUAAUAAAUCAUCUUAGUCUUACACAUGAUACUUUUACUCUCUCAAUAUUUUUUGUGAGUUCCACAUGGCGUAGGCGUAUCCAUUGGAAACAAAUAAUUAAAAAAAUAUUUAAAAUAUGAAAUGUCGAAUUGAAUAUCAAAUUAUUAAUGAUUAUUGAAUAUCAAAUUAUUCACAAUUAUCAAAUAUUUUUUUAAUACUCGCAGACUACAUACAUCAGUUUUGAUUCCCAGCCGACGCAAACCAGGAUUUUUGUAAAUGGGAAACAUUGCAGGGAUGAUGCAGAAAUCAGUGCAUUUAGUCACUUCUAAUAUCCCUUGUGUAAUGAGCGAUUGAAAAAUGAAUAUAAAUGUUACAGUCAUUACAGAUAGAGAAUUUAUGUCAAAAUUAAUAUUUUGACUUUUGCAGCUAUAAGUUUUCUAGAGUAAUACUAUAUUAUAGAUUGAAUUGCCAUGAAUGUCAUUGUUGAAAAUGCAAUCAUAAAUAUCUAAGUAGUUUAUAAUAGGUUUGUACUGAUGAACUAGUUUGAAACUGUUACAUAACAAAUUAUAGACAGUAAAGCACCAUUUUUUACACUGGUUUCGUAAGCUUAUGUUAAUUCAAUUUUUCUAACAUUUCAGACCUUUGAAAUCAGGGUGGAGGAGUACCAGAAUUUCAAGUCAAGUACAAUUUUUAAGUGCUCGACUCUAAGCCUUAUUUUAAAAUGUUGUGUAAUUUAGUGGUUAGUAAAGAGAAACAAUCAAUAAAAAAUUAGGGAUGGGUCGAAUACCAUAAAAUGCAGGUUCCGAUUUUGGUGCUGGUUCUAAACUUUGGUUCCAGUACUCUGUUUUAGGAUUUGGUUUCAACUAUUGAAGUACUUUUGUGUAACAGCUAAAUUAAAACAGUAUGGUAGGUAAUCUUAAAUAAUAAUUUUACUAAUGCUCCUUUAAAACAAACAAGGUUAGCAAAUAUGUGUAGGCAUUGUUUAAACAGUUUAAACAAUUAAUGCUUUAUAUAACAUUUUAGUAUUUCACACUAAAUUCAUUUUAUAUUUUUAUUAAAAAAAAUGAGCAUCUUCACUCUCUCCGGAUCUAAAGAUUCCUUUUGGAGUCACAAAUAAAUCCUGCAGUGCUGAAGAGUCUCUCACUGCAUACUGUCGCAGGUGGCACACACAAGUACUUUUUUUGAAAGUGUCUGUAGUGGUUUGCACUGAUUGCAGUGAUCCCUUUUCUUCCAAUAUUCUGUGACAGAGCAGUCAGGUGGCAUGUUAUCCUCAUUGAAGUACUGUUGAAGCUGUUCUGACAUAGAACCACAACCAGAACCCCAACUACUAUUAACUUGAUGGGUAAAUAGUGUGGAAUACUGUGACCAAAUCAAAUUACUCGAACUUGACUGCAACUUUAUUGAAGCACUUUUUGUUCCAGAUACCUGAAAAAAAAAAAAAAAAAAAAAAAAAAAAAAAAAUACUCACUAAUAACUUAAUGGGGAAAAUUUUUUUUUGUGAGCAUGUUAGUGAGCAUAAGAGUUCUCUCUUUGUAGGCUAGUUAUAAUUUGAGCAAAGAAAUCUUACCAAAUUUUCAGGACUUUGUAGACCUAAUGCUUUCUCCAAUAGUCUUUUUUUAGCAGCUUAACACUUUGCUUCAUCUUUGAAAGAUGCUGCUUUGAAGCGCGGAUGUAACAAUGUUGCAGACGUCAAAGUUUGACUGUUUUCAAGAUUCUUGAACCUUAUUUUAAAGGAGGAUAACAAGUCAUUUUUGAGUCCUUGCAAUCCAGAAUCAGCUGGAGCAGGUUUUUUUUAACUCGUUUUCAAUGACAUUGGUAAGGGGAAUGACCUGAAAUAUAAAUUAAACCAGUCAGUCACUCACUGAAUGAUAUUUGAAGAAAAUGACAAGACAUAAUGUUAAAUAUAGGUUACACAUAUGUACUUACCUCUGAAACAGUCACAUGAUCUGAGCUGAUGUGGGUUGUUACAAAAUGUUGUUUUCCAUCAAGAUCCACAGAGAGUUAGACAGUUCUGGGAUACUGAGCUCUGCGCAAACCAAUACCAUUGCCUUCUUCUGCUCAUGCAGUCUCUUGAACAUGUGCAGUGUCGUAUUCCACCUUGUGGGCUUGUCCUGAAUAAGUCGAUGCUGCACCACACCUGCAGUGAUUUGGCAAGUCUUCAGCACCUGGUGGCACGUGCAGAGUGCUUGAAGUGGCCUACUAAUUUCUUGCUUGAAGAAACCAAGUUAUUGAUAAGUGUAGUGUUCAAGAAACCUUCCUUGAGCACCAGCUGCAGGGUAUGUGCUAGGCAUGAGGUGUGCUGGAAAGGUGACAGUUCUAAUCCAGCAACAAGGUUACGGGCAUUGUCUCGCACAAUGGCCACCACUUUUUGCAGUAGUACCAAUUUUUAUAACAAAGAAGUGAUGAAUUUGGAAAUAUUUUCUGCAGUGUGGCUUACUUCGGGGAAGGGUAUAACUUCCAAACACACAUGGUGCAAUACAAAUUCCUUUGUUACAUAAUGGGCAGUUACACUAAGAAAAUCAGUGUUUGCCACUGAUGUCCACAAUUCUGUAGUUACUGCAACAAACUCUGCAUCUUGUAACUGGACUUCAACACUUUUAACUGUACUUUCGUACAUGGCUGGAACAAUAACAUUGCUUAGUGUUUUUUGGGUGGGCAUUGUAAACAGAGGCUCAAGGUGCAUGAUUAGUUCCUUAAAUCCUCUGUUCUCAACUAGGUUCAGGGAUUGGCCAUACAUGCACACCAUUUUUGCAACAAGAUGUGUAAUUUUUGUCUGCCUUUUAUCAAUAAUUUUAAAUUUGGUAGCUUUAUCAUAUACCUGUGUCAAGGUCUGCUGCUUCGGAGAUGUCCGAUACUGAAGACCUUUUUUCCUUUUGCACAUUUCUGAACUAGUAGACAUGAACUUGCUUGCUGUUGCCACAUUUGCCAAACUUGUCAAGCCUUCACUUUGUGCAAAUUAUGUAACAGAUGUUUGGGAACAACCAGAUUUUGAAAAACAAGGACCAGCUUGCACAGAUUCUAUUCUCAGUCUUUUGGGAUAUUUUUUUAAAAUGUUUAUGAAGAUUUGAAGUUGACCUAGAAGAACCUCGGGAUAUGCAAUUUUUGCAGUAGUUGCAUAAUACAUAUUCUGUGUCCAUGGAGUCAAUGGAAAAUUUUUCCAAAACAACAGACAUUUAUUUUUAUACACUUUAACUAAAAUACAAUAUUUUAAAUGUUACCACUUCAUUUUCAUUUCGUGUCACGUUGACACACACACACAAAAAAAAAUGUACUGCACCUUAAUGAAAAAAUAGUUAUUUCCAAAUAAUAAAGUUAGUUGUGCCUUCUGCAGAAUUAAAUGUAAUUAUAAAUUGUCACAAUUCGAACAGUAGGUAGCUUUUGAGUUUCAACUUUAAACUGUGGAUAAAAUAUAUGUAAUUUCCACUAUUUACAGUUAUGUUUUUUUUCUUCAUAACCUCAAAUAGCGACAAAAUACGGAAACAUUCGCCUCCACAGCUCCAAAACACUGCAAUCUCACUACUCACUUGCCGACGUUUAGUUAAUUUUCCGCUGUAAGUGCUUCAUUUUUACAAUAGACUACCAUAUAAAAUCAUAGGUGAUGUCUUUGUUUGUGAUGCACACAACUGUAUAGAUAUCUAUGGACAUAUUUCUCUUGUUUACAUCACAAUUACACACGUAAAUACGUUUGAUGUUUAUUGAUUAUGUCUGAAAACUGAAAAGGUUAUCAGAAAUACUGUUUCGUGUUUCUAAGAUUUCAAGAUGUUAAUUAAAAAUUACGUCGAUGGGCAGAUAAUUUAUUUUGCGCAACAAAUAAUGCUGUAAUUUGAAACCUGCAAGAGUGUUCAUGACCAUGUAAAUGACCGGACUCGAGGUUACAACAACGCCGGUUCCGAUUCCGGGUUAUUAACGUCGAGAACCACUGAAAACUAGAACCGAGAACCGGGACCGACCCAUCCCUACUGGUUUCGUUAGCUUAUGUUAAUUCAAUUUUUCUAACAUUUCAGACCUUUGAAAUAAGGGAGGAGUAGUACCAGAAUUUCAAGUCAUGUACAAUUUUAAGUGCUUGACUCUGAGCCUUAUUUUAAAGCUUGAAAAAUUUGAGUAAUUUAGUGAUUAGUAAAGAGAAACAACCAAUAAAACAUUAGUGAAACAUCACUAAUUCAAGCAUGGCACAAGAUAGGAUUACAUAAGUAGUAACUUGUAAAACUACAAACCCUCUGCCCCCUUGAAAUAUAUUUUACUACAUGUUUUACCAAGUUUGUAGAAGUAGGAUUGGUUUAUGUUUUAGAAAUUUUACAGUUAUUAUACUUGUAUGCAUAAUAGUAAUUUGUGGCAAUUUGUUUGUACAUUCUAAAAAAAAGUCUUAAAAUUUAAGUUUUUUGAUUUCACAAGUGUAUUAUGUUUCUUUAUUUUAUUAAUUUUCACUGCUUUUCAUAGUUUGUGUUGAAAUGAGCUUCUGGAACAAUUUUGAAUAUAUUUCUGGCACUGCAGUAACAUUGGAAAAUCCCACAAGCCUUUAGUGUGUGGCCCAGUUUUGAAAUUGUUUUUCUUCAGUGUCUUAGAAUUUGGUUAUUUGGAAAUUCUGGGAGGGAAGUUGUACUGUAGCACAGUUAGGAGUAAAUUUUAGCAGGAGGUUAUUCUCACAGCCAGUAUGGAUGAAUUACGCCUUUGGAUAAAAUUUUUACUCCAGAAACUCAUUGAACCUUUGCAGUAGUUACCAGCCUUGUAGAACUGACCUUGUAGAGGUGCUAAUUUACUCACGAUUUGCAUUGUGUGAUUUCUCCUUUUUUUUUUAUAGCAUUAAGCAAGAAAUGUUAACAGUUGACUGAUAUUAUAAUCAGCAAUACUGAUCUGCCUUUUAUUACCUGUUAGGAGUAAGACAUAAAUCACUUCUGCAUGCUGUAAACACAAACACACACAGUUGAAACAUAUAAGUACUUAAUUACUUUUUAGUGUUGUAUUCUAUAACAAGUUGAGUAGUUAUUUUAAAACCGUUUCUAGAGAAAUAGAAAGGCGAUUAGAAAAAACCUGGUUGUAUCCCAGCAAGUAUUAGACAUUGAAUACUACACUUACCAAACACACAUUUAUAAAGCUUACAUUAAUUUUACAGGUUCUAAUCAAUUAAUGACUUUUACUUACCAUUUUAAGUGUAUUGUGGUUUUCUGUGUUUAAAUUUUAUUAGCAUUUUUAGUAUUGAUGUAGCCAGUGUACUUGCAAUUAGCAUUCAAGGUUUGCUAGCUAUAGUGGAACCUUAAAAACUCUGCGCAUACACAACAAAAUAUUUUAUAAACAUACACUCCUUUAAAAAUGUUUACAAAUUAAUUAGAAUAAUUUGGAUUCACUUUUUGUUUUGUUUUUUAGUUUGCGAUUCACUAGGAUUUAUUUAGUACUUAAACUUUUUUUAUACGAAAAUAAUUCGUAAUAUUCAAUAUGCUGUUCUGUCCCAGAAAAAAUUGACCGUCAUGCACUAAUAUACCUUCCAAAAAACAUAGGUACUUUAAAAAUACUCAUUCUUAUCCAAAGAUACACUGAUUAAACCAAAGCUAUGAAUAAAAAUACAUUUUUAACAUACCAUAUACUUAAGCAAGGUUCAGUGAUGUAAUUUAAUACCUGACCAGUAUUAGUUCCAGACACAGAGAGCACCAACUGGCAAGAAGCACUAUUUUUGUAUGGUCCUGUUAAUUUUGGACCUGUCAUCUUAAUUUAGAUACAAAAACACAAACUUUUACUUUUUUGAAACAAAAUAAUUAAUAGCUAAAUAAUUGGGUAUUUUAUUUACUUACCAUUUGCAAUGUGAGAACUACUAUUGAAACAUCAUUACAUCAAAAAUUUCAACAGCAGACAGUAAAUAACGUGUUACUGUAAUCUCUUUUUUUUUAAUCUUUUUUACAGUAAUACCUGAAUCAUCAGUACAAACAAGUAUACAAGCACAUGCACAUGCAUGCAUGUACACAUGUACACACACAUGCACACACAAAUGCACAGCGAAAAUCAGCAUUGUCUCAAGAUACAAUAAAUACUUACAUUUAUAAAGCUCACAAAUAUUUUACGGUAACCAAGUAAAUGGCUCAAUUUUUACUUACCUUUUGCAUUGUGCUGUGGUUUUAUUUUAUCGGGAGUACAUUAGCAUUUAAAAUAAAUGACUUGUUUUUCCUGCUAGCAACAAAUUUCAUGCUGCUCCUAAUCAGUUAAAGUGGGAACUUAUGAAACUGUUUGUGUUCCCAAUAACAAAAGCAUUUUACAAUAGACACUUUCAAAUUGUGCAUGAAAUACUUGAAAGCAGAAUAAUUAGCAGAUUUUUUUACUUACCUAUCUAAACAUGCUAAGAUUAAAUAUUUAUAUGUAAAAACUAGUAACGGAAGAUUUGCUGCUAUUACGGCUAUACUCAUACUUAAUACACAAAUACACAUACCAAAAAACAUAUAUAUUACAAAGCACUCAAUCUUAUUCGAAAAUGCACAGAUGUAACCAAAGGUAUAUAAAAACAAUUUUUUGCCUUACCAUUUUUAGUACGUGGAUGAUAGUAGUCUUUUUGAAUACCUUGUCAAUAUCAGUUCCAGACAAAGAGAAAAAUCUGGUGACAAGCAGUAUGUUUCUCUUAUCCUGUUAAUUUUGGACCUGUUGCUAAAGAUCUCAAACAUAAACACACACACAUUUCAACAUAUACUAAUUGGGAAACAGAAUACAUUAAAACCAAAUCAUUUAAUUUUUUUAGUACUCACCAUUUUGUUUAGUUAACCCUGUUUUAACAAAAGUACUUGGACAAUUUUAACAGCAAAUAGACAAUAAUUAAUGUGCGACUUUGAUCUUCUUUAUGUCAAGUUCAAAAUAAUACUUGAACCACCACUGCAUGUAAAAAACAUUCACAGUACAAACAUACACUUAUUCAAGUGUGCUUGGGUUUUUAUUCUAUUACAAGUACAAAAGCAGUUUUAUUAAAAGAUCACAAUCUUUUAGUAAUAAGCAAAAAAAAAAGUAGCUGUGUCUCAGCAUAAGUGACACAAGAUUCAGCGCAAUUACAAAACUCAUAUGCAAUACAAACUAAGUGAGGGAUGGGUGUACUUAUUAGUUUAUAAUUUGAUGGUUCAUUUACUUACAAUGUGCUAUGUGCUCACUCUUGUUUUAGCAGGACUUUGUCAGAAAUUUUAAAAGCAGGCAGACAUCAUAUAAAAUGCUAAUGUUAUCUUCUUUAUGUCAUGUUUAAAGUAAGACCUAAAUCACUAGUGCAUGCAAACACACACAUACACACAGUACAAACACACACAUACUCAAGAGCAUUAAGGGUUGUAUGCUAUUACCAGUACACUAGCAGUUUUAUAAAUAGAUGUAGAGCGAUGUACUGGCAAUAAGCAAAAUGCUUCUGCAUCCUAUAUUAAGUUGCACUAAAGCAGUGCACAUACUGAAUGCACACACAAUACAAACAUACACUAAUAGCAUUCACACAGAUUUUUAUGGUAGCCAAAAAUUGACUGUUAUGUUACCAUUUGCAAUGUGUUUUGGCUUGUGUUCUAUCUGAAGUACAUUGGCAUUUUUGGUUACAAACUUUGAUCAUCUUACUGUGCUGAAACAUGACUGUCCUACGCACAGAAAGUGUUUUGUUUUAUUU